AUGACAAGCAAUAGCGUAGUCGAUGUGGAUGAAGUCUUUGAAGGAAUGGAUAGAUCCGAUGAUGGGGAGGAUCAAGUUUCAUCCAACGAACUUGGAGCUGCAAGAAUACCGGAGGCACCGGGGGCAGUUGUUGCUUCACAGCCUGAAAUGACCCCGGUAGGAGAUGCUAGUAUUCCGCCUGGAGUCGACCGGAGAGAGACUCAGCAUUCUGCCUCUGUUGACUCCGAUUCUAGUAGUAGUGACGAACGGAAGCAGCCAGCAUCAUCGUCCGUGGCAGGACAACAGCAACAGCAACAAGAAGAAGACAAAGAAGGUUUUAGAGAACCCGAACGAUCUCUUUCUCCCUUUCCCGCCAUUCCAUUCGCUCGAUCGGCGCUGUCGGCCGUGUCAUCAAUAGUGGAUGCCUUCCAAUCGAGUAGUAAAACAGAAGACAAGAACAGUAGCGACAAUUUGCCUUCGAAUGCAGAAGAGGAUCAACAAGAAGCCAUACGAACCGUUCCCAGUAACAAUAGUACCAUUUCCAGUACGUCAGGACUUGUCCACAUGGAAAAUGACGAAGAACAGCAACAACCAGCAGAAACUCCAGAUAUUGUUCCAACUUCCAGUAAAGAUUCCCGGGAUGUGAUUUCCCUACCCAAUUUGGGUACCAGCACCACCGUGGACUCUCAUGAACAACAACAACAAGAACCACAAAAGCAGCUAUCAUCGACUGAUUUUGGCAUUUCCAUCAUGGCUUCCACUGAAGUGGAUGUCGAUGAUUUGGAAGCCGAUAUCGACGUGGACGAAUUGGUAGCAGCACAGCAACAACAACAAGCCGAAGAACAACAGCUGGCGGCGGCCGCUUCCAAUAUUGACACUACUACUAGCACAUCUCCACCUCCUCAAGGAAACUGGAAUAACCUCCUCACCGAAGAUGAUUUGAAUGAAGAACAAGAGUUAAAAGCCGGUAGAUCGUCUUCGGGGGAUACCGACAAUGAUUCCACGCUCAUGAGAGACAGUUCCAGCAGUAAUACGGUCCAAACGGCCGACGAAGCUGGCACCGAUACCACCUAUGAUACCGACGGCAGUCUGUCUACGGCCAGCGCUGUGAUUGACGACGACGAUGACGACGAACGACAAGCGGGUAUCGACAAGAAUUUUAGCCUCGUCAGUCCCCUCAUGGCCGAACAUGAUGACGAUGAUGAUAACAGUGACAGUGAUGACCAAGACAUUGACACUCAGCAACAUCCCAUCAUGCCACAACAACCAGAAUUACUGUUGCUGUCGGCUGCCGGUGUCGGAAUCGAUGCCGUUCCUACCACCAGUGGCGAAGAAGAAAAAACCGAAGUCGACGAAUAUCAUCCCACCAAAGACGACAGUGACAAUAUGAAUAAUAAUAUUAUGGACGAAACGACGAUUAAUACCAAUGGCGAACGCAUUGAAGAAUUGGCAGCACUCUUACCUCCCGACAACAACAACAACAACAACAAACCUCCCUCCCGACGAAUCCGAUUCGAAGAUGAUGAUGACAUUCCACCCAUUAUCGACAAUCAUCGUGCUGCCUACGUGAGUGCCACCAUUCUCAAACGAGAAGCCACGCUCCCACAUGGAUUGGAAUUUCGACGCAUUGAUCGAGAAUUGCGAAUUGUGCGGAUAGCCGAUACGGGCCUCUUUGCCAAUACGCCACUGGCGCCCUUGGACAUUGUUAUGCGCAUCAAUGACCUUAACGUCGAAAAACUCGAUCCCGUCAAUGCAUCGCACUUGUUGGAUGUCUUGACGGGAUCCAUCACGGUGAUUUGCCACAAUCGAGGUGGCAAAAAGGAUCUGGUCGAAUCGCUCAUUACCAAACCCAUACAAGAUAGUCGGACCGGAAUGGAAUUCAAAAUGGUCACGACGGACGACGAAUUGUUCAAGCAAGAAUUGGAAAUUGGGCGUAUUGGACAAAAGUCGCUCUUUUCGCAUUCGCUCUUGCACGUCGGUGAUCGCGUCGUAUCGGUUAAUCAGUGUCAAGAUGUAGACAACAAGACGGCCGAUCUCUUGUUGAGUUCUGCAUUGGAUCAUUGCGUCAUUUUGGCACGGACCAAACUGAAAACCAAAAUGGCCAUUGCGCGACGACCGACGCAUCAGUUGCCACCCAAUUUCAACUUUGUCCGGGCCAUGGAAGAAGCCAGACGACAUCGAGAAGAAUUGCGACGAAAACAGGGAUGUUAUUACAACAGUUGUGAACGACCUGGAGCGUGUGCCAAUAUUUUUCAGUGGCUCGGAAAUGUCUACGUCAUUACCAUUGUCAUUGUGGGUGUCAGCAUUAGCUGGUCCACGGUCAAGGAACAAACGUACGAUGGAUCCGAUGCCGUGGGAACCAUUCUCCAAUUCAUGGGACUCUUUGUCGGUGGCAUCCUCUUGGGGUUCCUGGUCAAUGCUCCCUGGUGGUUUCGAAAAGUGGGAGCCCGGUUCUCGAUAGCGCAGUUGGUCUGCAAUGUGAUUGUCGUGGUCAGUUUCUUUCUCAUGAUUCUGUUAUUCGACAGCUCCGACUAUGGCCUUUCGGGAUACGAGUAUGGCAUCUUCUUUGGUUUGUUCUUCCCCUUGCUGAUCAUUGUCAACCUACCAUCCGUCUUUGUCAAGAGAGAAGACGGAAGCGACGGAAACACCAUUAGCGAUCGAGAUUCCUCGGAUGAUGAAAUGUCCCUCAAUUCGGACGGUUCCGAUGUUGUGUAA